GCGGCCUCUCCGUUGUUGCCGUUGGUGACGCGAUUUGUGAAGAGAGAAAGAUAGCCAGCUACGGAGGACGCCGAGAAAGAGCGUCUGUGCCUGGGAGGGGGAAACCUCUCAUAACAGCUUCACCACUGAAGCUAAAUAUAUCGAAUGCAUUAGCUAGCCAGCUUUGUUCGCGGUUCCGGACAUAGAAGGCAGUCUACGCAACCUUCCGAUCACCCGUUUCGGUCACUAGACGCUUCCUCUACACCAGACAGCCAAAUAGCAAAUCGCCAUUAUAUGAUCCAGUAUACAGCGUCACUUUUGCCCUCCAUGUGGGUGAGGGACCUGUGUGUGUCGGAUUAUGGCGAGAAAAACAGUUAGCAGGAAAAGGAAGGCAGGAGAUCUCAAGGAACAACAACAGGUGGGUUGGGGCAGUACUGGUGCUGGGCAGAAGAGGGCACGCUUGUCGGCAUGCUCGCGUCAUGCGCAGCAGUGGUGGUGCUGCCGGCGCUCGGUGGUGUGGGCUCUGCGCGGGCGCGAGUUCCGGCCGCAACAGCAGCACGAGUGGGGCCUCCAGCGCAACCUGCGCGGCUUUGCUGCCGCCCGGCUGCCCGCCAUCCUGAGCGAGCGAGAGUUCUCGCUUGGACGCCUCAACAAGGUGUUCGCCUCGCAGUGGCUCAACCACCGGCAGGUUGUGUGUGGGACCAAGUGCAAUACGUUGUUUGUGGUGGAUGUGCUGACGGGGCAGAUUACGCGCAUCCCCAUGUUACUGGACCGGGAGAGGCGUGUGCCAGGGGCCGUGGUACGGGGCCUGCCCGGCUCCUUCAUGCCCGGCUCGGGCUCCCCUCUGGACAACCAGCAGGGCUGCGGCAUCCACGCCAUUGAGCUCAACCCCUCCGGCACGCUGCUCGCCACCGGCGGCGACAACCCCAACAGUCUGGCCAUCUACAGGCUGCCCACACUAGACCCUGUCUGUGUAGGAGAUGAUGGUCAUAAUGACUGGAUUUUUUCCAUUGCUUGGAUCAGUGACAGCAUGGCUGUAUCUGGCUCGCGGGACGGGUCCAUGGGCUUGUGGGAGGUGUCCGAUGACGUGCUGAGUCAGGCAGAGAGGCGGCAGGACGAGGAGGGCGUCCCCGGCUACACCCACAUCUCCCACCGCGCACUCAAGGACAUCCCCAAGGAGAUCACCAACCCCUACAACUGCAAAGUGCGCGCCCUGGCCUUCAACAAUAGCCACAAGGAGCUUGGUGCUGUCUCACUAGAUGGAUACUUCCAUCUUUGGAAGGCCGAGGACAACCUGUGCAAGGAGCUCUCCACAAAGUUGCCCCACUGUAAGGAGAAUGUGUGUCUGGCCUAUGGGAUGGACUGGUCAGUGUAUGCUGUUGGCUCUCAGGCCCACGUCUCAUUCCUAGACCCACGCCAGGCCUCCCAGAACAUCAAAUCUGUCAGCUCCAGGGAGCGCGGCAGUGGUAUUCGUUCUGUGAGCUUCUAUGAGCAUAUUGUGACAGUGGGCACAGGCCAGGGAUCACUGCUGUUCUACGACAUCCGUGCCCACCGCUUCCUGGAGGACCCAAACUGCCCUGUGGGCUGCCAGGGCAGCUACCGCAAUCGGCCAGGAGAGAGCAUCCUGAAGCUCACCACUGGCAGGGGAUGGCUGAAUCACGAUGAGACGUGGAGAAGCUACUUCUCCGACAUCAGCUCCUUCCCCAACGCAGUGUACACGCACUGCUACGACGCCUCUGGCACCAAGCUCUUUGUAGCUGGCGGGCCCCUGUGCUCUGGCCUGCAUGGGAACUACGCCGGCCUCUGGAGCUAGCCUCUCCCAUCUGCCCCACUCUCCCUGUACAUCUCCCCGUCUCUCUCUCCCAAGGACCCCUCCCUCCCCCUCUUUUGCACGCACACAUACAUACAUACAUACAUAGAUACAUACACAAACCCUCUUUACCCUCUCACCCCCCGCACACGCGCACGCCUAGCCACAGAUGGUGCUCACGGGCCCUCCCUCGUUUGCCUCACACUUUGUUUUUCCAUGCCGAAUUGUCAAGCUGCUCUCGCAUCGUGUUGGCCAGUCAGGAUCAUGCUCGCCGCUCCUCAGCGCUGGAGUGCGCCUCUGGCUCCUGCAGUCGUCCGCCCCCCUCUUCCCCCUGUUCCACCUCUUCCGCAGCUGGGAGAAACUGUGUGUAUUUGUGUGUGUGUGUGUGUGGUGUGAGUACUUUGAGCAGGAUGGGUUCCUCUCAGGAAGGCACACCCCAACUGAUUGUGAGCGAGCAGGAUGGUGGAGACACCCGUCAUCACCUUUACUUGCCAAUGAUUCUGUCGUUUUUUUUCCCCUCAUUUUGUUUUUGUAAUAAACAAAACACUAAAGAUAUAUUAAUCAUUUAAGCCACACCCAGGGAUUUGAAAUGUUUGGUUUUUGUUUUAGUCCGAUUGUUUUAAAAAAAAUAUAUACAUAUAUAUAUAAAUAUCCCUUUUUUCCCCAGAGAACUUUUCUCCAUUAGUGGUUGUGUCCAGCUAUGUUUGAAAGAUGCAAACAGUCUUUACUAUGUGUGCAUGCCUGACCUUUUGGAGAGGCACCUGUCCAAACCUCUGGCAUUUCAGGCUCUGUCUGUAAUGGACUGAUACAGAGAGACUGAGAGGAACAAAGGGGAUGGGGAGAAGAGGAGAGGAGAAAUACAGACAUGUGGGUGUCCAUGGAGAGGAUGGGGAGAGAGCUCAUAUGGGACCUUGGAACAGAGACUCAGAUGUACAUAAGGAAAGCCCAGCGAAACUGCCCAGCUGUAUAUGGAGGUGACUGUGGAACCAGCCAAUCAAAGAAAGAAAGACGUCACAGAGCCAAUCAAAUUGUGGGACUCGUUUUUUUCCCCCUCUGAUGACGGAAUGAAACAAUGACUGUUAAGCUCCUUCCAUGUCCCACGCCGUCUCUUUGCAGAUAAUCUUGCAGAAUGCUUAUUUUAUUUUAAAUUCUAACUUGGGACGGUUUGUGUGAUUUAGCAUUCACUUAUUAGUAAUACUUUUUUCUCCCCCAAAUUCUAUUGUUCCUAUUUAUUUUCUGAAUUCAAUCAGCAUAGCUCACAGCCCAGCUGGAGGUGCAUUUGGUGAUCUUUUCCUCCUUAGAGGGGGAAAGUGGCCAUGUGUCUCCACCUCCCCGUUCCUCCAUCUUUCUUUUACUCUUCCACUCCCUUUGAGCUGGUUGAGCAGUAGUGAGUGACUCUGUUGCCUUUCUGCAGUCUUUCUGUGAAAGACCAAGGCAGGCUUAUGUUUUCAUUUUGAUUUUCUUUUUCCCCAAACAUGGAAUUUUUGUAUAGAGUUUCCAUUACAAUGUUAGAACAGCAACAAAUGAAUAUGAUGAACACGAGUACGAUCAUAUAUAUAUAUAUAUAUAAAUAAUAACCAUCACUUUAAAGAUUUAUUUUAUAUAUAAAUGUGUAUGUAUAAGUAUUUGGAAAAAAAAUGGGGGAGUUGAACAAUAUUGUCAAACUGUCUGAGGAAGUGUGUGUGUGCGCGCGUGUGUGGACUAACCUGUCGUUAUUUAGGUGGUGCCCUCUUUUUUUAUACACACUUCAUGAAUGUUUUUACAGAUACUGAGUCAAAGGUAUUGUACAUUAGCAAUUUCAGCAUCAGGAAACAACUUAUAAAAAACUUAAGGGGGAAAGAAGAUAAUGAAUAAAAUUCUAUUGAUGUAUUUUUUUCUUAUUU